AUGUCGACUGACAAGAUCACCUUCCUUACCAACUGGCAUGCCACCGCCUACCACGCACCCCUCUACCUGGCCCAGGCCAAGGGAUACUUCAAGGAUGAGGGCAUCAAGGUUGCUCUCCUCGAGCCUAACGACCCUAGCGAUGUCACUGAGGUCAUCGGCUCCGGCAAGGUCGACCUCGGCUUCAAGGCCAUGAUCCACACCCUCGCCGCCAAGGCCCGCGGUUUCCCGGUCACCUCGAUCGGCAGCCUGCUCGACGAGCCCUUCACGGGCGUCGUCUACCUCAAGGACAGCGGCAUCACGACCGACUUCCGCUCGCUCAAGGGCAAGCGCAUCGGCUACGUCGGCGAGUUCGGCAAGAUCCAGAUUGACGAGCUGACGUCGCACUACGGCAUGCAGCCGGGCGACUACACUGCCGUGCGCUGCGGCAUGAACGUGUCCAAGGCCAUCAUCAACGGCGACAUCGACGCCGGCAUCGGCCUCGAGAACGUGCAGAUGGUCGAGCUCGAGGAGUGGCUCGCGGCGCAGGGCCGGCCCCGAUCCGACGUGCAGAUGCUACGCAUCGACGAGCUCGCCGAGCUCGGCUGCUGCUGCUUCUGCACCAUCCUGUACAUCGGCAACGACGCCUUUGUGCGGCAGAACCCGGACAAGGUACGCGCCUUCAUGCGCGCCGUCAAGCGGGCCACCGACUUUGUGCUCGCCGAGCCGGCCGCGGCGUGGGCCGAGUUCGUCGACGCCAAGCCCGUGCUGGCGACGGAGCUGAACCGCAAGAUGUUUGAGCGCAGCUUCGCCUACUUCAGCAAGGACCUCAAGAACGUGCGCCGCGACUGGGACAAGGUCACGCGGUACGGCAAGCGCCUCGGCGUGCUGGGCGAGGGGUUCGAGCCCAACUACACCAACGAGUUCCUCGAGUGGGCGCUCGAGGCCGACGCCGCGGACCCCGUGGGCGACCAGAAGCGCAUGGUGCAGCUGCAGAAGGAGGUCGCUGCCGACGGCGGCUUCCGCAGACUUGCUGGCGCUUCUGCUCAGGCCAAGGUUUCUGCUUAA